AUGGCGUCGAGGUCGAAUAAUCGCAAACAUGGUGACGGUGGUUCAUUGUGCAACAAAUGCAAACGCCUCGACCCCAUCAACACAUUAUCGGGCAUAUUACAUGGUUCAGAGCCGAUGAAACUUGGAACCAUGGAAGAAUUGCAGAAAAAGACGAACUGCCCUCUUUGUCGAUUAUUUUUAAAAUCUUUGGGAUUUUACAAUCUAGAGAGGAAUAGGGACAUGGGAGGCCUUCGGUCCCACAAAGGAAUUACGUGCUUCCCAAUAUACAGUUUUGAGUAUCAAUACCCGAUUUUUCAGGUCGUCGAUGUCACGGGUAGGACAGGAACCGUGCAUCUUCAGCGGGAAGACGCAUUUAGGAUCCAGCAAGCUCAUGACCUGGAGGGAGGGAGUCCGGGAUGGACUGGCAGCUGGGAUGAUAUGGAAACUGGAGAUGAAGUCGAAGAAGGAACGGUCCGCGCUGUUCGGCAGGACCAAAUCGAUGCGUCUCUUGUCCGUUCAUGGGUCGAUAAUUGUAUAGGACUCCACGGGCACUACUGCCAGGAGGGUCGGUCGAAGACCCCUAGAGAUAAGCUGCAAAUAGAGGGUUGGUUUAUCGAUGUUCAAGAGAAGCGUCUCGUCCGACGCUCUGUGCCCGGAGACCCGGAGACACCGUACAUCGCAUUGAGUUAUGUAUGGGGCCAGAGUCAGAUGCUACAGACCGUCCGUUCCAACCUGGCUGAAUUUCAGUCACCGGGUGCUCUUGGAUCGCUGGUACCACGUGUCGUGAGUGAUGCGAUGGCGUUAGUCGAGGCUAUCGGGGAUCGAUACCUUUGGGUAGAUGCUUUUUGUAUCGUUCAGGAUGACCCGACCAAGAAUGAACAGCUACAAAUUAUGGAUCUAAUAUAUAUGAGAGCGAGAUUGACGAUCGUUGCGAUGGCUGGUGCGGAUGCCGAUUCCGGCCUUCCAGGCGUCGUCCCAAGGACUCGACUUGGGCAGCCAGUCGAGAUCAUUGACAAUUGCACAUUCCUGGCUCGCUUGCCAGAUUUACACGAUGAGAUGCAUACCUCGCGCUAUUUUACUCGUGGCUGGACCUACCAAGAAAUGAUGCUUUCUCGCCGAUGUCUCUUCGUCUCGUCCUACCAGGUUUACUUCCGAUGCAACCGAGCAGUGCGGGCUGAAGACUUUGAUGCAGCAACUUCUCACGAGUCUGACUCAUCAACAUGCUUGAUCAGAGAAGGCUCCAAUGAAGAUUUCAUAUCCCACUAUGAGCGAUACGUGGAGGCAUAUACAAAACGAAACCUGACCUACGAUUCGGAUAUCAUAAAUGCCUUUACAGGGAUUCUUCAGGGCCUAUCGGCUACGCACGGAGUAAGGUUCUACGCAGCAAUGCCUAUUUGGGACAAUAUAUUCCGUGCUUUGCUCUGGUGCACAACAGCAUCCGCUCCUUCAAGGCGCUCCUUGGUGAACGAACAAAGCCCAGGCGUAAAUUACCCUAGUUGGUCAUGGAUUGGCUGGAAGGGACCAGUUAUCUACCCAGUAUUUGGAUUCAUGGGACGCUGUACCGUACACGGGCUCUUGCCACCGGAUUCGAUCAAAAUGAGGGAUUCCGGCCAAAUUGAAUUCAACAGGAUAGGGAACAUUGGGCAAUCGAAGCUCCUACACUGUGGAUCGAAUGAGUGCUUUAUAUCCCGAUGGCAUAGCACAGAUGAUACCGGCCGAUCAAACACAAACAACAGUCCAGAUAAGACUGUUCACCUUUCCAUCCUCCAAUUUAGCGCAUCUACAGUAAUGACCAGCGAGUUCCGGCUUGGAAGGAUUGGUCUUGUAAAGAGCAUUGAUUUUGUCAGCGCGACAGAAAAGCAGAUAUCACUUCUACCAAUUUACGAUAGGAAGGGUCAAACGUGUGGCGCCUUCUAUAAUCCUGCAACUUCAACAUUUACCUCCGAUCAAAUUCAUCGUCUGCGCAUUAUCGCAGUGAGCUUUUGCAAAAAGGGGAUGCUUUAUAUGACCCACUACAUUCACGGUGCAUAUCGCAAAGCAUCAGUCGGAUGCAAAUGCCUUCUAAACAUCAUGCUGAUUAAAUCUCAUGGAGAAGUAGCAGAGCGUGUUGCUAUCGGGUAUAUGCACCCUAAGGCUUGGGAGGACGCAACUCCAAGACUCGAGACUAUUAAUCUCGCCUAG